GCGGAUUAGUUCUAUAUCUGCGAGCAGAUGCCUCUGGUCUUCACAAAGGAAUGGUGAGAGCUAGCAUGGCGCUCCAUCUGAAGGACGCGGGUGCCAUCAGCAAGGCCCUACUCGACAUCUUGGUUUGCCCUAUCUCCAAGCAGCCAUUGAGGUAUUGCCAGGAAACUCAAUCUAUCAUUUGCAAUGCAAUUGGCGUUUCUUUCCCGCAUGCUAGGUUAUUCUAUCAAGUAGUUGAUGGAAUUCCUUGUCUAGUCCCAAAAGAAGGUAAGAUUAUUGAAGGCGAGGAAAAGAUGACAUCUGCAAAUGAUCUUAGUUAACCCAUUGUCAUCAUAAAUCAUACUUAACGAUGAAGGAUUGAUGCUACAAUUCAGAUAAUUCAAGCACAGUGGAAAUUCUUAGGGUAUCCCUUACAGAGUGAUAUCGAUACCUCUCAAAUUUUGUAGCUUCAUGUUUGAAAAAUUUUAUUCUUUGCUUUCUAUUUCCUCUUAUAUUGUUGUUGUUUUAUUAAAUUAGAAUGUAAUUAUGUUGUUGCUCUAAACAUUUAUCAUUCAAUGAUUGUACGA